AUGAAUGAUGAACUCUUCACGUACACGUCUGGUCGGUUCCUUUACAACGAACAGCGUCGCCUUGAGGAACGACAGAUUGAUUUUAAUGUUGCUGCUUUGAAGCAUGCUGCUGAACAACAUGUCAGACGAGGUAAAAUCAUCAAUCUGCAAAAGCUUGCUGAAGGAGGGUUUAAUCGGGUAUUCCUCCUUACAACAGAAGAUGGGUUUCAGGCCAUUGUCAAAAUUCCCUACAGGAUAACUGUUCCAAAGUACUAUGCUACUGCCAGUGAAGUGGCCACAACAGACUUCCUACAGUCAAAGGGAAUUCCUGUCCCACGCAUACUUGGCUGGUCUGCUGAUUCGAACAAUUCUGUUGGGGCUGAGUAUAUUAUCAUGGAAAAGUCCUCUGGAAUCCCAUUAGAAACGAGAUGGUUUAACCUAUCAAAGCAAGAACGGCACUAUCUUGUGACGAGUUUGGUUGACACUGAGAAAAAGAUCUUUGACAUUCCAUUCGGCCAUUUUGGCAGCGUAUAUUAUAGGAAUGACAUCCCGUCAAACCUUCAACAAGACCUCUUCGCAGAGAGCACUGAUCCAGCCAUGUCAACUGCAUAUGAGCAGUUUUGCAUUGGCCCUACGACUGAUUAUAUGUUCUGGUACGGCAAACGUGCAGAAAUGGGAAUAGAUCGCGGGCCCUGUAAUGAUUUCCCACCCGGUUCUCUGCUGAGUGAAGGGAAAACACCAAAGGCGUACUUGGCCGCAAUUGGAAAGCGGGAACGUGAGUGGACAAAAAGACAUGGUAAACCUCGCCCUGUCCGGUUUCCCCAUGUUGUCAACUUUGAAGGCAUCAACUCCCCACACGACCACAUCCAGCUCCUGGAUCAAUUCAUGGCUGUCACCCCAUACCUACUGGGCGGCGAUCCACACAGUGAGCUAAACCGUCCUACUUUGCGCCAUCCAGGGCAUCCCCCAAUGCUCCAAAGCCCUGAUCACCCUCCACCACAAACACUGGAGAAACCGGUCCUGCCAGAUGACUAUGACUCACUCAGCGCCGAGGAAAAGUCUCAGGUGGAUGAGCUACACAGACGCAGAGUGUUAUUUUAUAUUUACAUGGUGUUUACUGGUGGUUUGAAUGAAAGACACCUGUCAGGAAUGAGAGACCCGCGUGUCCUCUUAACACAACAUCUUGUCGAGAGGGCUGAGAAACAAUGGAGCGGAGACAUCUUUAGCCUAAAGGGCGCCCUUAUCCGAAUAGCUGAGAAUUGGGACUAUUUUAGUGCAAGCCUGCCAGAACCAGUCCAGUGCCCCAUAGCUUUCACUAAAGCUGAGAUUGAUAUGCACUAUGAGCGGGAGCCAACUUGGUUUCAAAUGAACGGCCUUGUUGAGUACUGGAAGUCAGAGCUCCAGGGAUUGAGUGAUGAUGGUUGGGUUAGGACUGAAGCUUACGAUGACGUGGUGAAAAAAAAUAUGGAGUUGAAGCGGGUUUUGUUGGAUGGGUCUGAUACGCCGGAGGAGGAGCGAUGCGUUCAAGAGCGAUGGCCAUUUCAGGAUCAUGAAGAGGAAAUUAAUUGA